GCGCGUGCGCGCGCACGAGUGGCCCGCCGGCGGCUGCGGGUGGAGGGGGCGGUUCCUCGAGUGUCGGCGACCAGAGGGCGGGCAGGCGGGCGGCAGGUGCCGCCGCAGCCUCCGGCCGGUCCCGCGUCUCCCUCCUCCGGCGGCGAUGAGCUGGGCCCUGUCGGGGGCUGCACCUGCCGGCUGCCCGUCAGCACCGGCCUCCUGGCGUGACCUCGGCCUCCUCGCGUGUCCGGCCCCUGCGGCGCGGCGCUGCCCCUGAGAGGGAGCGGCGGCGGCCUCCUUCGCCCCGAGUCCUCGCUCGGGGGCCGCGCGGGGACGGCGCCCGGCCCCCUCCCCUCCUUCCUCCGUCCGCCGUCCUCAAUGUCUCCCCGGCGGGGAGGGGGCUGCCUGGGAGACACGCUGAGCGGCCCCCCCACGGAGGCCCUCCGGCUGCAGCGGCAGCAGCGCCCGGCCCGGCGUCCCGCAGCCUCCACUAGCGGCGGCGGCCUGGAGGAGCCGCGCACCCGCCGCCGCCCCCCGAGCCUCGCAGCCGCCGCCGCCGCCCGGCACCCGAGGAGAGGGCGGCGGGCGCCCCUCGGGGAAGAUGAAGGCGGAGGGGGGCGACCACUCCAUGAUCAACCUGUCGGUGCAGCAGGUCCUGAGCCUCUGGGCCCACGGGACGGUGCUGAGGAACCUCACGGAGAUGUGGUACUGGAUCUUCCUCUGGGCUCUCUUCUCUUCUCUGUUUGUCCAUGGUGCUGCAGGAGUGUUGAUGUUUGUGAUGCUGCAGAGGCAUAGGCAGGGAAGAGUCAUCUCUGUCAUUGCAGUCAGCAUUGGAUUUCUGGCUUCUGUAACUGGAGCGAUGAUUACCAGUGCAGCAGUAGCAGGCAUUUACAGAGUAGCUGGGAAGAACAUGGCCCCUUUGGAAGCGCUGGUAUGGGGCGUUGGACAGACUGUACUGACAUUAAUCAUCUCCUUUUCAAGGAUCCUCGCUACACUUUGAGGUUUCUGUGGGAAUGUCUUACUUCACAUAAGGAAACAGAUGUACAGAUUCCCUGAAAACGGCAUUGUUAACAAGUGGAAAUGAAAUUGUGCAAGAAUGUGGACUGAGCAGGUCAAAGCAUAAGGAAGACCUUGAGCUGUGUGGAAAGAUUGCCCUCUGGUGUUCAAGUGAUUGCACUACCGCACUGCACCUUAUGUGCCUCUGUCUCAGGCAAGGUGCAUUAAGACACUAUGUAAAGUUACAAGAAAAAGCACCUUGUUUAGCUGCCUAUCAGGUUAACAUUGGUGUUGAAAUCAUCGUUCCUAACAGUGUUGUGUUAAGUUACAGGGACGUUUCGAGGUAUUGAUACAUGUGCCAAACUCUUUUCUUUUUGUUAACAUUGAUCAUGUGACAACUUGCAAGUGUAGAUGUAGCUGAGUGCUGUGAACAUAUUUGACAUGAAUUCAGGUAAUGUAUUAAGAUUUGUGUUCUGUAACACUAAAUCCCGAAUGAGUGCUAAAUACUGAAUUGUUUAAUAUGAGAGAAAUUAUUUGGUUUUUAAUGUUGUGCGUUUCUGGGAUUUAGGGCUUCAAUCUGUUUAGGUAUUAUUGUUAUUUAAUUGAUGUGGAAGAUAAGUCUUCUUAACUGAAGACUAGCUCAGCUGUUUUAAGAACUCAGAGUAGCUCUAUAGGGUGCAUACUUUUCACUAACUUAAAUAACACCCUUUUAAUAGCUUCCCUCACGCAUACAUAUUCUGUUUAUACAAAUUCAGAAACUUGAAGGGUCAUACACAUUGAUUGUAGUUUGUGCGUCAUAAAAAUGUAAUUUGGAAAUUUUCUUAAAAAUUUUGUAAGAAAAAGUCUGAAAUGCAUGUUGCAUUCUUUGACCCUUCUAAAGAAAGUUUUUGCCUUGUAUCUCAUGGACAAAACAUCUUUAUAACUAGUAUCUCAGUGGGAUUAUAUUAUGUGUUGCAUAUAUCUUGAUUUUUGACAAAACAUAAACAGUCUUUCAUUCUGGAGUAUUAACUGUUUUUAGAGAGUGGCCUAAAUUAGGCUCUGGAAAUAAAGACCUCAUUUGUAGAAAUAAGUAACAAGUAAGUUAUAUAGGAAGAGUAAUGAACUCUUUUACUUUGGACGUGUGGCAACAUCAUAAUUUUGCUAAGUAAAAAUUGGGGAAUAUAGUAGGUAAUUUUAAAAUUUGGCAAUUAGUCUCAGCAUAUCAAUGCAGUACUGAGCAUGUAUUUGAGUAAUUCACUUGUUCAGUUCUUGAUUUAUGAUAUGAAGUUAUGAUUUAAGUUUACUGGAAGAAUCUGUGAGGGCAUAUAUCAAAAGUGGAAAUGUCCUUUAUAUAAAACAUUUUAAGAGGUUCUGGCAAUACGUAAUUGUAAGUGUAUAGGAAGUAGGGUUGAACUGGUCUCCUAAUGAGAUUUUUUUGGCACCAGGUACAAUUAUAAUGUGCUAACUCAAAGGAGACAUUGCAGAGAAUAUGAAGUUAAGGAUAAUCAAAAAAUAACCUGGUAGCCUUGCUGUUUAAUCCAAUUUGCUAUAAAAGUAGGCCUUUGUUAUAUUACAUUCAAAUUUAAGAACUUUGUUACCCAUACCACUUUUUCUCUACCCAGAAGCAGAGUAUAUCCACAACUUAUCAAUGAGAAGUUGGAGAGGCAGUACUUUUCUCAGUAUGAAAGCCAAUUUGGGGGAUUUACUAACACUGGCUUGGAAAUUUGUUUUAAAAAAAUAAUAAGCAACUAUGCAUGGAUCUUUGAAGUAAAUCUUAAAAUUGAUUAUUUUUAUUAUGUACAAGCCUGAAAUUGUUUUCAUGUGUUCUUUAUAUUCCUGAUGUUUUUACAAAUUAAAUUUAGGCAUAACUUUUCCAAGGCAAUCUGAUUUUUUCUUUUCUGCCAGACUUGAAUUGUGUUCUUCCUUUACUUUGGCUAUUCUGUCAAUAAUUUAAAGCAUUCAUAUUCUUCCAGAGGAAUUACCAAUAGCAUGUGGAAAUUGUUUCAGAUCUACAGAAUGAAUACUUAUUUUAACAUAUGGUUAUUUUAUGAUUUAAGAAAGUUAUGGUAAAGUAAUAUGGAGCACAAUUCAUAAUCCACAAUUAACGAGAAAAUAACUUGGAUACAUUAAAUGUACUAAUGUGUGGACCAAAGAGAUUUAAACUAUUGUUUUUACUCUAGAAUGAAAGUAUAAUUGAACGGUUAAUAAUUAGUUUGUAGAGUGUCCUGCAGUUAUCUCAUUAUCAAGUUGCUUUAUGUUAUCAAUUGUGUGUGUAUGUGUAUACUUUUAAUUUUAGGGGUUAUUUUUGGUUUCUUUGCUGUUUUCAGUUAUUUCCAUUGAGAUUUUAUGCAACUGUCUCUCUUUUGAUGUUUCGAGAUGCAGUUGAAUAGUUUGAGUUUAUGAAUUGUCUUAAUAGCUAUUUAUAUGCUGAAAUUUUUAAAAAGUUAGUAGCUUUCCUAUAGACACAAGAAAUGUUUAAUGAUAUAUAUACACACACGUAUAUAUAAUUAUAUACGUAUAUAGAGAGCUGCUAUAUAUGAAUACAGUCUACUUGGAAAGCUUUUUUUCAGUGAACACUUUCAUGUUCUAGUGGAAAUUUGUUCAGUGUAAUGAUCUUUUAAAUAGGUUUGAGGAUGUUUGAAAAUUUUGAAUUUUGGGAAAAUUUUCUUCACUUAAUAGAGCUGGAGACCCUUGUUUGGGACAUGACAAAAGUCCUUAUUGAUGUAUUUGGGUUAUAUAUUUUGUUAAAAUUUAUAUGUGAUUUAGCAGUACAUUUUCUUCGUGACAAAUGCAAGAAGGGAGGGAGGAUCCUCUAUAGUGGACACUCCUUUUUUUAAAAAAUGUUUAAUAAAAUAUUGUUUAUAGUGAAAUCAGCUCCCCAAAGAAGGAACUCCUACAUGCCCAAACUAAUUACAGUUUAACAUACUGAUUAAAAAUGCCCCUAGAUCACAGCUAGUCAGGAGGCCUCAAAUAAACUGCAAAUAAUGCUUAAAACUUUAAAAGAAAGAGAACCAGCAGUCUUCCCCAUGGGACAGUUCCAAGGUAAUAGCCUACCUUGCCUAGGAUAAGUGAAGUCCUAAAUGAUGCCUAUCUUCAGGGCCUGGAGCGGAAUUAUUCUUUAGAUCUUAAUGUUUACCAAACGGUGUUACAGUUUGUUACCCAGUAUGCUUUCUUAGUAUUUGCAGCAUACAUUUCACUGCUCAAAAAAGUAUAAGGGUUUUGUUUGUACUUUAAAUGAGAGAAAUAAAGAAAUGAGUUGGCCUGUAUAUCUUGUAUUUGUGAUAUAAGGAACGGGAUAAUUUGAAAUCACAGAAUGUUGUGGAAAAGGUCUUUAAAGAACCUCUAAUGAAGAAAGUGCGGCUGCCACAUUGAUGUACCUAGGCUGCCACUCAUACACCGAAUAAUUCUAUUUUGUAAACACUUUGUGUGGAUCCACUAUGUAAAGUGCUCUACCAAGUAUUUUCUCUAGUAAAAAGUACAAGAAUUACCAAGAUGGAAUUCUUUACCUUGAGUCCACCAAGAGCUAGCAAGAUGAUUUUUAAAUCCUAAAAAGUUUGGGACAACAUUUUGCUUCCUGAUUUUAGUUGAGAGUUAGCCUGUUAUCCCUCCAAAUUCUCAUUUUCCUGGUUCAUCCACUAAAUAGAAUUUCCAUAACUGAGAUAUCAUGGCUGUGACAUAGUGAACAGAAUACAAGACUCCAAGCCAGCAACACAGAUUGAAUUAAGACUCUGUCACUUGUCAACUUUUUGACCUUGAGCAAAUCACUUCUCUGAGCCUCGGUUCAUACUCCGUAAAAUGUGACUAAUACCUCAUGUAGUUAUUGUGAGGAUUACGUGAGAUUGUUUAUGAAUGGCAAAGCAGUAUGUAUUUCACAGUAAAUGAUUGAUUGAUAGUCUCUAGAAUUUUUUUAAAAUUACAUUUUGCAAUUGCAUUACCAAUUGAAUAUGUUGUUUUGUAAAAUUCAUCAAUUUUCUUUCAUUUCUGUAUUUUCCCUACAUAUACUUUAGGAAAGAAACUAAAAACGUUCUCUUAUAAUCUUGCUUCAUCUCCUUUUCACCUUUUCUUUUUAAAAUCAGCAGAUCUUUAAGAACCUUUUGUGAAUUGGUGGUGGUGGAAAUGGCCAGUGCAAGCAGGAUUAAAUUAGGAGUUCUGUUGACCACUGGUUAAAAUAGGAAAAGGGUAGAGAGGUAGUCAGCCUUGACUCCUUUACCUAUUCCCACUUACUUCCCUUGGAUUCAUUCAGCCAUGUUGAUUCAUUGACUUUCUGCUAUUUGCUAAUUAUUGUUCUUGAAAAGUAAGAGCGAUAUAUAACCCUUCCGUCUUCUAUAUGUCUGUUUCUUCUGCUGGCCCUGGGCCUUUGGCUCUGCAGUGUAGUGCCAAUCCUGUAGAAAAACAGAACGAUAUUCAGUGUCUACCAAGUCCUUUCUUCCACAGGCCAAGGGUGCUUAAGCCCUAGCUGUUAUUUUGUUUCUUUUAUUUAUUUAUUUUUUGAGACGGAGUUUCGCUCUUGUUGUCCAGGCUGCAGUGCAAUGGCAUGAUCUCAGCUCACCGCAACCUCUGCCUCCCAGGUUCAAGCGAUUCUCCUUCCUCAGCCUUCCGAGUAGCUGGGAUUACAGGUGCGCACCACCAUGCCCGGCUAAUUUUGUAUUUUUAGUAGAGACAGGUUUCUCUGUGUUGGUCAGGCUGGUCUCAAACUCCCAACCUCAAGGGAUCCACCCACCUCGGCCUCCCAAAGUGCUGGGAUUACAGGUGUGAGCCGCCGUGCCCAGCCUAUUUUUUUUUUAACUUUAAAUACUAUUAUUUUAAAUUUAUGUUCAUUAUAUAAUUCAGGGAGUAACAAGAUGCCUGGAGCAAUUUCUGAAAUAUUCUCAAACCACUUCACUCUUGACACUACAGAUUUUUCUCUCAGUCUCAAUCAGAAUCUCUGCAGUCAUUUGUUUUUAAGAUGUGAGGGACGAGGAAAAUUACUGAAGAAAUUCUAGCAGAUUUCGAUUGCAGAGAAAUUUAGUAACACUUUUUGGGUAACUGGGUAAAUUACUAUUUCUUUUAAUAAUCAGGGGUGAAACUCUCAAUUGUUAAAACGGACCAAUAAUCAAAUGGUUUUAUAAUCUUUCUUAACUUCCCGUCCUUGUUAUAACGUCUUGGAAGAAGACUCUUCAGGAUAAAAAAGAUAUUAUUUGAUUAAAAAUUAUAGCAUUUGGAGAGGUAACACACAAAAACAAAAACGUAUUUGACAAAGCGCCCUACAUCCUGUGAACACAAUUUCCACCCUUUUGUUAGGAUUAGAAACUAUACUGGAUGAGUAUGUAUACUGCAUGUUUACAUAUGCUGUGUUUCUUUAUAUGUGAGGCUUCACUGACUACCAUGCAUUUUGAAAUUGUAUUGCAUUUUGUGUAUGUGUGGUGACAGGUUUGCUCUUCUCACUUAAGGAGCUCUGUUCUGUGUAGGCAGUACAGUGUUGUUAAGGAGGUUGCUGAAUUAGUUAUCUAAAAAUGUAUCCAUGAAUUUGGGGGAAAUAAUGCUUAAUAUCUGAAGUAUUUUCAGUAAAUGUGGAGAUAUAUCAGAUAAUACUUUUAAAUUAGUGGAAACACAUUUCUGAGUGAACUGAGCUAUGAACUAUAAUAAUCUCUUCCCCUGAGUUUAGGGAAGUUGUUUUCACAUUCUUUACAUUUAUUGCACAUAUAUUGAACUUACAUAAUAACUCUUCCCUGAUUUUGAGAACGAAUUUAGCAAUUUCCUAAAAAUCUUCCUCCUCUUUCCAUACAGAUGUCGUAUGUUAUAGUUUAAACAUAGGUACAAUUUGUUAAUAGAAUCCAAGGAACUGGUUUAGGAAAGAAUAUUCUUAACACCUACGGUUAUGCAGCUCUAAUCUUACUGAAAAGUAAAUACUUCAGGCAAGUCAGGAGAGCAUGAACCUCAUACGUAUGUUUUUACGAUUAUGUACUGCACCCACAUAUAUCUACUCUUGGUAGUAACAUGACUCUACCCUUUUUGGGAAUGUAUUUAGGUGGAUAACUGAAACUCAAAAGCAGUUUGACAGAAAUACACAGAAAGAGGAAUUGCGGUGCAUAAUCAAUCGUCUGAGUCCCGUAACUGUAACGCUUUUUCUCUUGAAUAUAAAUUGGUAGUUACUAAAAAUCACCAUUUUAAAAAUUUUAUUCUGUCUUGCUGAAUUAAGCAGAAAUCACUUUUUUUAGAGCCCUGUUUAAAGGAAUGUUAACUCGAGAGGACUACUGAUGAUGAAGCUUCUCUUGUUUUUAAAGUAUUUACACAUCAUAUUUUAAGUAUUUUUGGAAUGGAACAUUUUAAAGUUUUCUCCAUAGAAAGCAACAUAGUGGCACUUGUUGAGUAAAUCAUCAUAAAAAUGAUUUACUUUUAAUAGCAGAUGAGUUGAUAGUUUAACUGUUGACACUUUCUUAAUGUUUUUGAUGUUGGAUGCAUUUACAAUGGAAGAAUAUUUUUAAGAGAUUUGGCCCUCUCACCAAUAUACACAUUCAGACUUGGGCUCCACACAUUUAGAUGAACAAAUAGGAAAUUCACGGUAUUUUUUGUUUUAGCCAUCCAAAAUUCAUAGGAUUCUACCAAAAA